AUGUUGGAAAAGUUCAAACACCUAAACUUUAAGGAAGUAAACACUCCAUUCGAUCCUAGUGUCAAACUUCAAAAGAACAAUGGGAGAACCGUGACACAACUGGAAUAUGCAAGUGCAAUUGGAUGUCUAAUGUACUUAAUGCAAUGCACCAGACCUGACAUAGCUUUUGCAGUUAGUAAGAUGAGUAGAUUUACUAGCAAUCCAAAUGAUGAACAUUGGAAGGCCAUAACUAGGAUUUUUGGAUAUUUGUUAAAGACCAAAAAUCUUGGCCUUCAUUAUGGUAAGUUUCCUGCCGUACUAGAAGGAUAUACCGACGCAAGUUGGAUAUCAAGUGUUGGAGAUUAUAAAUCUACAACUGGGUGGAUAUUCACAUUAGCUGGAGGUGCGAUUUCUUGGAAAAGCAAGAAACAAACAUGCAUUACUCUCUCAACCAUGGAAUCAGAGUUUAUAGCUCUUGCGUCUGUUGGACAAGAAGCAUAA